AUGUACAAUAAAAUGGCUCACUCCUUGUGUGAGGACACGUCUUCUGAGCUUCAAAGAGUGAUCUCUGUGGAACCUAAAGGUCAGCAAGAAUCCCGCCGGAAUUCCUUCACUGGCAGAGGAGCCUUAGCCAGGUUAACUAGUUUCAUCAUCGUAUUGAGGAACUGGGCCACUCAACAAAUCCACACCGAAGAUGAGAGGCCAGAUUCUUUCUUGGAGCGCUUUCGGGGACCAGAUAUAAAGGACGUAUCAAGCCGGGAGAGUAACACGCAGUCAGCCGCGGGCAACCCAGAGCAGCAAGGCAAGAGGAACAAGAAGAAGAAAGAUUUACUCAUUAUUGAUCCUGCAGAACAUCUUUACUACCGCUGGCUGUCCAUUAUCACAAUGCCUGUAUUGUACAACUGGUGUAUGCUCGUGUGUAGAUCAUGUUUUGAAGAACUUCAGAUUAAACAUCUUGCGCUUUGGUUGACACUGGAUUAUGUAUCAGAUACAAUCUACAUUAUGGAUUCAUUGGUGAGGUUUCGAACAGGUUUUCUUGAACAAGGAUUGCUGGUCAAAGAUGGGAAGAAAUUACGGGAUAAUUACACAAGGAUGCCUCAGUUUAAAUUGGAUGUACUGUCCAUUCUACCAACAGACUUAGCAUACCUUAGCUUUGGAUUUAAAUACCCGGAGGUGCGAUUUAAUCGUCUUCUCCGCUUUAGUCGGAUGUUUGAAUUCUUUGAUCGUACGGAAACCAGAACAAACUACCCCAACAUAUUUCGAAUUGGGAAUCUUGUCCUGUACAUCCUCAUCAUUAUCCACUGGAAUGGCUGCAUUUAUUACGCAAUCUCGAAAUCAAUUGGUUUUGGCACUGACACUUGGGUCUAUCCAAACAUAUCCCACCCUGAAUAUGGACGGCUCAGCAGAAAAUACAUCUAUUGCCUUUACUGGUCCACCUUGACCUUGACCACCAUUGGAGAAACCCCUCCUCCGGUAAGGGACGAGGAAUUUCUGUUUGUGGUCAUUGACUUCCUGGUGGGAGUCCUUAUCUUCGCGACCAUUGUUGGUAACGUGGGGUCCAUGAUCUCAAACAUGAAUGCCUCCAGGGCUGAGUUCCAAUCCAAAAUUGACGCCAUCAAACAGUACAUGCAGUUCCGCAAAGUGAGCAAAGACCUGGAGGCCAGAAUCAUCAAAUGGUUUGACUACCUGUGGAUCAACAAGAAGAGCAUAAACGAGAAGGAAGUCCUCAAGAACCUACCCGACAAACUCAAGGCCGAGAUCGCUAUCAACGUCCACCUGGACACACUAAAGAAAGUCCGGAUCUUCUCCGACUGCGAGGCCGGCCUCUUAAUUGAGUUGGUGCUAAAGCUGCAGCCUCAGGUCUACAGCCCUGGGGACUACAUCUGCCGCAAGGGAGACAUCGGCAGGGAAAUGUACAUCAUCAAAGAGGGCAAGCUGGCAGUCGUGGCUGAUGACGGAGUGACACAGUUUGUUGUCCUGAGCGAUGGCAGCUACUUUGGGGAGAUCAGCAUCCUGAACAUCAAGGGCAGCAAAGCCGGCAACAGGCGGACGGCCAACAUUCGGAGCAUCGGCUACUCCGAUCUCUUCUGCCUCUCCAAAGUUGACCUGAUGGAAGCCCUGACUGAAUACCCAGACGCCAAAAAGAUUCUGGAGGAGAAGGGGCGUCAGAUUCUGAUGAAGGACAACUUGAUCGAUGUGCAGGCAGCAAAUGAUGGAGCGGACCCAAAGGACCUGGAAGAGAAAGUGGAGAGAAUGGAGUCCUCGCUGGACAGCAUGCAGACCAAGUUCGCCAGGCUGAUGGCCGAGUACAAAUCCACGCAACUCAAGCUGAAGCAAAGGCUCACAAAGGUGGAAAACAGAGUGAAGAACUAUGGCAGCGGAUAUCUAUCCGAUAGCUUUGACAGUACCACUGACACGGAAAUGGGGAAACCAUGAUGGUGACGGUCAGGUCACGACGGCAUCUUUUGCUUCUUUUCUUACCAUUUUGAUACUAGGGUUCAUUGUUGAGAAAAUAAAUUAUUUUUGUAUGGGACUACUUAGAGAUAGUGUGUACUACAAAUCUCAGUUAGGAUUUAAUACCGAUCCAUAAUUAAACUAUUACGGAUCAAAAUAUGGCACGAUUUUCAUGUUAGCACCAAUCUUAAUUAGGUUUAACUGUUUGUUAGGUGGUUAUGUCAGAAAGAUUGAGAGGGUGAGUGGGGAGAGUAGGAAUGGAGUUAUGAUAUUGUCA